GUCUCAUUCCUCUUUAGGCUGCCGUUCAGUUGUGUUCGGAGACGGAGCGCGCUGAGGUAAAUGACAACCUGAAAAAAAAACAACACGGUUUUAUUUAUGUGUUUGUUUUUAAAGCGAUACGAUCCUAAAACCCGAUUGUGAACAGAAAACCGCCUUAAAGAGGAAGUACAAUUUUUUUUUUUGGAUCAUGUUCAAAUAAAAAUCGGAAAAUCCCUUCAGAUUAAAGCGGAACUUAUCGUGGAAAUAUUUUUUUAACCCUCACGAACCGAUUCGUAGCGAUUAUGGAGUACAAAGUGGAGGCACACCGGAUCAUGAGCAUCUCGUUGGGGAAAAUUUACAACUCCCGAGUACAACGUGGAGGCAUCAAGCUACACAAGAACCUCCUGGUGUCCCUGGUCCUCCGAAGCGCCCGACAGGUUUACCUCAGCGACUAUUACAGUGGAAUGUGUCUCAGUUCCCAGCAUGGAGGAGACACCAGGGAGUGGGAAGUCGUGGAGGGGAAGGAGACGCUAACGGCGGCCGUUGAGGGUGAACCGAACGAGUGUCAAACGCGAACCGAUUCCCAGCAGGACUCAAACGUCACAGGAGACUCGUCCGAACCCGGUGUGGUUACUGACACCGACUCUGAAAAGACCCAACUGGCGUCCUCGGACACUGCUUCAGAACCGGAAGGGAUUUCAGAGCAAAAACCAGCCGCUUGUUCAACCAGGAAACGAAGCGCUGAGAAAUCCUCCACCACCACCACCACGACGUCCACGGAAUCUCCUCAGAAACGGACUAAAAAGACUUUAGAUCCGGAGGAAACCGAGGAGAUGGACACGGGCAACGUGUCGAACCUCAUCAACAUUUUCGGCUCAAGUUUCUCUGGACUAUUAAGUAAGGAGAACCCGAAAGAGGACACUCAGGAGGAGGAGGAGGACACGGGGGACUCGGGGCAAAUCUGCUGCGACCAAAUGCUUAAGAACCUCAACCCAUGGAGCACAGCGAUCGUCGCGUUUUGAGACUGACUUUUCUUUUUUUUUUUUCUUGUCGACGUGUUCACUCGCACGUGGGGCUUUUUUGGGCCGAGGUUUUCUCGAAAACACGUGGUUGGGGGGGUCGGGACUUCCCCUCCCGCACCGCGGCUACAAGGCCGAACUGCAGCGUUUCCACCGCAGGCCAGUUCCAAAUCCACUUCCUGGUUUCUGAUGGGCCCUGGAGUAUGUCCUCUCAACGGGAGCGGUUUGGAUCGAAGCGCGUGCUAUAAACUUUAACAUGUUGGUGCUACUACAGAUUAAUGACGUCAAGGGAUGUGACGUCAGUGAACGGAACUUAUUUUUUUUCCCCACCAGACAUUUGUGGGCUCAGCUGAAUUUAACCAGCAAUCAGAUCAGAACGAUCAGGAGAGUAUUGAUCAUGUGUGAUGUGUUUUUAAUGCUGAUUCGAUUUGUACAAAAAAAUGUCGAAUGGUGAUCACAUGAUAUCCAGAUGUUCUGUCUCCUCCCCAUGAUGUCUUUGUUUUAUGAAGACUUGUAAAUUUUGUAAUGUUCAUGUAAAUAUUGUUUUGCAAUGUUGCAUUAUGAAUCUGUAUUUUUGGUAUUUACUUGUUCUGACUAUUACGUGAAGGUCACGUAUUAAAAAAAGUGAAACCAUC